AUGAAUUUCUACCAGUCGACAUCUGGCAGCGGUGGACCACUCGCCUUGGCUCACGCCAUGCCUCAGCUCAUUGCAACAUUGAACGAGAUUCAAACGCCCCAGGUGGGCAGAAAGUAUGGGAUCAAGGACCGAAGACCACUGGAUCCCCCUCCCGUUGUCCAACUCCGUAUUUACCGACCUGUCGGUAAUACCACCCAGGAGGUACAGAACUAUGAGUUCGUCGAUCACGCGGGCUUCAUCUGCUAUGCGGAGCUUUUCAAAUAUGAAGACGCCGUCGCGGCCAUGCGUUCUAGCGGUCAGAUUCAGCCGGCACCCCUUGGUCCCGACAUUCUUGUUGGUGCGACCUGUGUCGAAGCCAAGGUCAUUCAAUACCACGACAAAGCAUUGCUCAUUUUUGCUUUCCCAGAUAUCUCUUCUAAGGAAACGGGCGACUUCGCUCUUCGAUACAAAUUUGUGAACAUGACCGAAAAGCCAGGACUCCUUACCAACACUGUGCUUGCUCAGUGCUGGGGUCAGCACUUUAGGGUUCAUUCCUCCAAGACCGCGCCGACGUUGGAAGCAUCGACUGAGUUGACCAAGGCUCUUGCCAAGGCUGGAAUACCUGUCAGCGUGCGCGAGCAUAAGCGGACCAGGCAGGUGUAUGAGUACGAGUGA